AUGCACUCUCUGUGGAAUCUUUAUCUUCUUCUCCUCCUCUCCUUACCUCUCUCACUUCAUGUCAUAGCCUUCACUGGAGAAAAUGUCAUGGAUGCACAACAGCCAGACACCGACACAGCAGUACGGCGUCUCACACAGCCUUCACAGAGACCACGGGCAUCUGGUUUAGCACCGGGGAAUCCCAUUUUUGGGACUGAGAAUGUUGACUUCCCGGGUUUGCCUGAGAGUUGGCCCCAAUUGUCAUCUGAGGAAUCCGAUAUAGGUGUGAUCGGUGAAUACAUUGAUUUGCAGGAAAGCACAGAGACAUCUCGCUUGUAUCCUAAUGAGAAGGGUCUUGUCAUAUCCAGACCUUCCGAUACAGAAGAUGAAACCUCCAAGGAGAGCACACAACCAACAAGGUCUUCAUCAGGAGGAGCACUACCUCGACCCACCCAGGAACAAACAGUGAAGUACCAGCCAGCUGACACAAAUACUCAAUCCAUAUUGCAUUCUACACAGACGGGAGAGAAUCUGCCAACUUUCUCAGCCUCUCAGAAUGAGACAACAGAUGGACAGUUACCUUCUCUUCUGUCCGGCUCAUCAGUUCCGGACUUCACUUCAAUGUCUGCUAGACCUGAGCCCAGCCCUGAGCGCCCCACUCCACCAGUAGCUGCUUGGGGAUGGACCACAAGCCCUUAUGUUGCCACGCAAAAAGAGACACAGGAGGGCACAGUCCCAGUGAAAGAGACCGGAGUGGGAUUGAUUGAUAUUAUGGGUGAUAUUUUACACAGAGGAUUUGUAUCCAUGGAGGCAGAUAAAGAUGACUCCAAGGAUGAUGAAAGACCAAAGACCAGUGUCACGUCUGCCACACCCUGCAAAAAAUCCAACCAGUCCUGGACUCCCACCUACCCAGAUGACUUUACCCCCAACGAGUCCCUGCGCCCCGAUCUGACUCUCAGAUCUGUCCUUUUCGUCCCUCUGUAUUCGGACUGGAACUCUGCCCUCGCCACAUGGGGAUUUGCAUGGGAAGCACACGUCUAUGGCCUAGGGUCUGUCUUUACUGUAUUUGGCCUAAUCUCUGUGGUGUGCCUGUUAGGCCUGCCCCUGCGAUGUCCCCCGGGAAGCCCCUACUUCACCCUGCUGCACUUGUUCCUUCUAGCGUUUGCAGGGAUCCAAGCUUUCUGUUUGCUCUAUGAUGCUUACAAUCAACAAGACCGGCUUCCCCCUCUGGGCUCUCUGCUGCUCUCUGAGCUGCCCUUUCCCUGCCUGAUUUCAGCCUUCUCCCUUGCCUUCAAUCUUCUUUCCUUACGUUUACGAGUGGAUCUUUCAUUCCCACUUGCUAAUUCCACCUCGUUCUCAGCCUUGCCCAGACCUUGCCUGUUACUGUGUAUGUCCAUGCUGUAUUCUGGGGUCUCUCUGGGGUGUGUUGGCAUGCUUCAGCUCUUCCCCAACCUCCCCUCAGUGAUCCUGCUAUUCCCUCAGGGUGUGUUUGUAUGUCUCACCAUCUUUCUAUCAUGCUCCUACCUCAUCUUCUACUGCUUGAUGCAAUUCAACACUAAACACAUCUACCGACUGAAUGACAAUGGAGAGAAUGGAGGACCUCCUGCAGUGAUGCCACCUGCACGUUGCCCCUUUGCCAAUGCGGAGGACUGGGGAAGGGCAGCAGGAGCUGGAGUAGGGGCUUCGUUGUGUUUGUUAGGGUGUGGAGGCCUCCAGUUUUAUGGGAUCCUGCAUGCCCUUGGUUUGGGUGGAGUUGAUGGCAAUGGGUUCCAGCCCUGGCCAUGGUGGGGCUACCAGGUAGGCAGUAGGCUCUGUGAGAUUGGAGUGUGUCUAGGUUUGUCUCUCAUUGGUUCACACCCUCUAUUCUGUAAAAACAAUUCCUCCAUUAAGACCAUAACUAAUCCCCGGCCAGGAUCUUGGUCCCGCCUCUCCUUUAGCUCCCCUUCACGAGGGCUCACCCUACCCUCUCAGGGAGGUGCAGAUUCUGUUGUCCUCUCCUCUCACAAUUCUUGGUCCCAGGGUAAGCAGGAAAAGUUGGUGGUCUGUGAUGUCAUAACGAAGGGACAGUCAGAGGAUCUUCCUCUUUUCUCAAUGGUGGAUCCUCCUGGGAAUGGGCUCAUUCCCAAGUCCAGCCAAUCCCAGAACACUGUACUACCUCUCCCUACACCUCCAAGCCCACCGCACAAGCCAAAUAAUGCAGUUGAGUCUCAGCUUUGGUCACUGGGUAGCCGAGGAAUGGAGAAUGACUCAACUGUGGAUCUGCGGCCCCCAUCUCCCAUAGACCUGUCCCGCAGCAUUGACCAGGCUCUGUUCAGUGAAUCCCUAUUCUCUCACAGUAUCUUUGGUUGGCCAAGACUCUUCCAUGCUUCUUCCAGCCUCUCUUUGGGCUCUCCUAGCCAGGGUGCAUUAGAGCAAGGGCCUAGCUCUAUAGAAGAUGCCCUAUACCGAACCUCUUCUUGUGGUGACAUGGAGCAAGACAACGUCCUCUCCAGUUCAAGACCUUCCCAGCCACAGAGCUCUUUGACAUCUCACAGCAAGUCACCGGAGUCAACAGAGCAAUGGGAUUGGAAAGAGAGCGUCUCUGGUUCAACACAAGGCCUGUGCAGCAAUCCCAAGGAGACAGGAAAGCUGCGCUCACAUUCCUGGGCCAACAGAGGUCAACACUUUGCUCAGAGCAGCCUCCCUAGAGCAAUCCCCCACCUGUCUUACCAUCGGCGCUACAGAACCCUGAGCUUAGCCUCCCGGGACAGUCGUGGAUCUGGCCGGCUGGCAGCUACUAGACACCUGAGUGAGAGCAAACAGCUGGAAUGGGAUCUGGCUGUGCAGGCGGAGUUUGUCAAUGUGUGCCGACAAAUUGACACUCUCAGUGUUUGCAGUGACACCAUUGAAUUAUAG